CGACCUGAGUUGCAGUUGGGGGUCUGUGGGUGAAAGUGUGUGAGAAACGUGUGUCUGCUUUCGAUUGCUCUUGAAUGUACCUAGCACGGUCUUUUGUCAAGAUGGCAGGCCACACGCCCACACUGGCGAGACUGGAGCAGAGAGCGACUGAGGCUGAUCAGGUCAUCGAGUAUCUCAAACAGCAGGUUCAGCUGCUAAAAGAAAAAGCCAUUGUUCAGGCAACAGUCCGAGAGGAGAAAAGACUGUUGGUGGAGAACGCCAAGCUGAAGAAGGACAUCGAAGAGCUGAAGAAACAACUCCUGGAGAAAGAGAGGAGAAGGGGAGUACGAGAGGUUGCUAUGCCCUCAGAGACCUCCAGUGUCCAAUGUGCCUCUAAACCAUCUGCCCCAGAGCCUUCAGCCCUUGUGACCCCCUCUGCUCCUGCCUCUGCUGGCCAGCCUCCUCAAAGCUCCCCUCCCAAAGACAACGAGACCAAGAAGAAGAAAGCCGAGAAAAAGGGAGAAAAGCAGGAGAAGAAAGGAGCAGCACCUCCUCAGGAGGAUGUGAAGGUGGACGUGUCCCGAUUGGACCUGAGGGUGGGUCGCAUCGUUAAGGCGGAGAAGCAUCCGGAUGCCGACUCGCUGUACGUGGAACAGGUGGACGUGGGAGAAAGCAGCCCACGCACUGUGGUUAGCGGCCUGGUCAAACACAUCCCCUUAGAACAGAUGCAGAAUCGGAUGGCAGUGCUGCUGUGUAACCUGAAGCCGGCCAAGAUGAGAGGGGUCGUUUCCCAGGCUAUGGUGAUGUGUGCGAGCUCACCGGAGAAAGUGGAGAUUUUGGACCCACCCAGCGGAGCAGUGCCAGGUGAAAGAGUCAUCUGCCAGGGUUUCCCAGGUGAGCCGGACAAGGAGCUGAAUCCCAAGAAGAAGGUUUGGGAACAGGUGCAGCCAGACUUGCGUACAGACGCUCAGUGUGUGGCCACCUACAAGGGAGCUGCGUUUGAAGUGGAGGGCAAAGGAGUGUGCAAGGCUCAGACUAUGAGUAACAGUGGAAUCAAAUAGAGCCAAGCAACCGCACGACCAUCCCACAUGGCUAGAGGGCACUGGACCACUGCCUAGAGUUACCUCAUCUCUUGAUGAAGGACAAAUAGAAUAUGUUUGAGAUCAAUAAAACUACUUGAAAGUUC